GACCCCCGGGCCCGGCCCCACAGAACCGGGGACCCCCAGGACAUGGUGGCCCGCGCGGGGAUGGCUCCGGUCGUGGAGGUGUCGGACGCCGGGCACUGCCGGGCGCUGCUGCUGGAGCUGAACGAGCAGCGGCUGCGGGGCCAGUUCUGCGACGUCACCAUCAUCGCCGAGGACACCAAGUUCCGCGCCCAUAAGAACGUCCUGGCCGCCUCCAGCCCCUUCUUCAAGCGCGCCCUGGCGCAGGAGCCCGCCUGCCCCUCGCCCGCCCAGGUGCUGGAGCUGCCGGGGGUGCAGGCCGGCGUCUUCUCCGACGUCCUCAACUUCAUCUACAACUCGCGCCUGGCGGUGCCGUCGCCGGCGGCCGCGCGGGCGCUGGGGGCCGUGGGCCGGCGCCUCGGCAUCCCCUCGCUGCAGGGGCUGGAGGCGGGGGGACCCCCUUGCCCGCCGCCGCCGCCGGACGUGAACGGCACGUGGACCCCCCCGCCCCCUUCCCCGGGGGACCCCCGCGCUCCCGCCGCCGCCCCCGUGGACCUCACGCUGCCGGCGCGGCCCGGAGAGACGGCGGCGGCGGCGGCGGCGGCGGCGGGGGGGGACACGGCCACGGCCUCGCCCUCGUCGCCCUCGCCGGUGUCGCCGUCGGCGGCCGCCUCCUCCUCCUCCUCGCCGGCCUCGCCGGCGGCGUCGGCGCCGUCGCUGCGCUGCGGGCUGUGCGGGCGCGGCUUCAGCUCGGCGGCCGCCCUGGCCUUCCACGCCAAGCUGCACCGCGGGCGCCGCGGCCUCGCCUGCCGCCACUGCGGCAAGAGCUUCAUCCACGUCAAACGCCUGCAGACGCACGAGGUCGGCUGUCGCGACGGGGACUCCGCCAACGCCGCCGCCAUCAAUGCCGCCGUCACCGCCGUGACGGCGACAACAACAACCGCCACCACUGUCACUGGUGUCACUGGUGUCACUGGUGUCACCGGCGUCACACCGGCGGCGCCCAAGGCGGGCAAGAAGGCGCUGCUGCUGCGGCACCGGGCGCUGCUGGAGCCGGGCCCGGAGCAGGAGCCGGUGGUGAAGGUGGUGGACGGGCAGGUGCUGUACCUGUGCGGGGUGUGCCACCGCUCCUACAUGACGCUGUCCAGCCUGAAGCGCCACGCCAACGUCCACUCGUGGCGCCGCAAGUACCCGUGCCGCUACUGCGACAAGGUGUUCGCGCUGGCCGAGUACCGCACCAAGCACGAGGUGUGGCACACGGGCGAGCGCCGCUACCAGUGCAUCUUCUGCUGGGACACCUUCGUCACCUACUACAACCUCAAGACGCACCAAAAAGCCUUCCACGGCAUCAGCCCGGGGCUCAUCGCCUCCGAGAAGACGCCCAACGGUGGCUACCGGCCCAAGCUCAACGCGCUCAAGCUCUACCGGCUGCUGCCCAUGCGGGCGCACAAGCGGCCCUACAAGACCUACAGCCAGGGCGCGGUGACGGACGGCGGCGGGGUGGUGGGGGGGGUCCUGCUGCCGGCCCCCGCCGCGCCCGGGGACGCCCCCAAGGCCCCCGCGGCCUUCCCGGCGCCGCCGCCGCCGCCGCCGCCGCUGCUGCGGCCGGAGCCGGCGUCGGUGAUCGCCUACGGCCGCGCCGCCCCCCCCUCGGUCAUCGUGCGCGGCAGCGGCGCCGGGGCCGCCUCCGUCAUCGCCUACAACGGGCGGGCGGCCGAGGAGGCGCCGGGCGUGCCUGAGGUGCCGGCGGCGCCCGCGGUGCCGCCGGCGGUGCCCAUGAAGAAGCAGGUGCUGCGCGACUACAUCGAGGCCCAGCGCGCGGCGGCCGCGGCGGCCGACGGUAACAAUGGCAACAACGGCGGCGGCACCACGACACCCGCCCCGAACCCACCGCCCGGCACCGGGACCACCGGCACUGGUGGCGGCGGCCGCACCAUGACCUACGUGGCCAAGCCGGCGUACGCCGGGUCGGCGGGCGAGGGGCUGUGCCAGAUCACGGUGCGCAUCGGCGAGGAGGCCAUCGUCAAGCGCCGCAUCUCCGGCAACGACCUGCGCGGCGACACCGCCACCAGCACCGGCAACACCACCGGCAACACCACCGGCGACGCCUCGCCCGCCGCCCGCGACGACAGCGACGCCGAGGACCGGCUGUGGCGGCCCUACUACUCCUACAAGCCCAAGCGGAAGGCGGGCGGCGGCGGCGGCACCACCGGCGCGGGGACCCCCGGCGGCGCGGGGACCCCCGGCGCGGCGUCGGCCAAGAAGCCGCGCUGGCGCCGCAAGCUGCGCUCGCUGCGGUGGGCGCCGGGCGAGGGCGACGACGACGACGGUGACGACGACGGUGACGGGGACGUCGGGCGGCGGCGGCGGCGGCGGGAACGGGAGCGGCAGCACCCCUGCCGCGUCUGCGGGAAGAGCUUCACGGCCCUGCGGAAGCUGCGCAAGCACCAGCGGGGACACCACGACGCCGCGGUGGCGACGGUGACGCCGGUGGGGACACCGACAGGAGGGGGGUCCGGCGGUGUCCCCGGAGCCCCCCCCCCGGGUGGGUCGUCGGCCGUCGCUGCGCUUCGCCUGCGCCCGCUGCGCCAAGGUUUGCAAGACGGCGGCGGCGCUGAGCCGCCACAACAAGCGGCACCGCGACGACGACGACCGGGAGGAGUCGCCGCCGCCCUCCUCCGUGUCGCCGCCGCCGCCACCCCCUGUGUCACCCCCACCAUCACCCGUGUCACCCCCUCCCCUCCCCGUGUCACCCCCCCCACCCCCAGUGUCGCCCCCGCCCAGCACCGUCAUCGCCUACACCCCCCCGGCCGCCGGUAA